AUGAUCGAUGAUGAUUUAAUACCAUCUACUUCUUUUUCACGUUCAACAGCUAAUGCCACAUCAACAAAUGAUUUUAAAGGUUAUUCUCGAAAUUCCAAUGAUGAUAAUCAUUAUUAUAAAGAUCAUUAUUCAUCUAAUGAGUCUGAUCUACAACGUUAUUUCAAUAGAAUUUCCCAAUCAUCUUCAUAUAAUUCAUAUGAAUAA